AUGAGUCUGAAAGAAGAACAUGCGUACUGUUGCCAUGUGGAAGCUGAGCCAGAUGGCAAGCCAUGUUACAACAACAUCAAAAUGUAUCUGGAGAGAUGGGAAUACCCCGAAGGCAUUACAAAUGGACAAAAGAAGUCCAUCCCAAGAAUGGCAAAUUGUUUCUUCCUAAACAAAGAAGUGCUAUACAAACGGACACCGGAUUUGGGUCUGCUAAGAUGUGUAGAUGUCAGCGAAGCCACCAAACUGCUAGAAGAAGUACAUGCGGAAACAUGUGGACUGCACAUGAAUGGAUUCGUGCUAGCAAAGAAGAUUCUAGGAGCUGGAUAUUAUUGGAUGACUAUGGAGAGUGACUGCUGCAAAUAUGUGCAAAGAUGUCAUCUAUGCUAG